AGAAGAAAUACCCUAUUCUUCGCACAGCAGUUUACAGAGCAAGCAGAGAAAGAAAACACAAAGCAAGGAGAAGAGAGGAAGGCAUUUGUUUUGGAAAUGUACUCACAGGAAUACAUAAGGAGGGAAGAGAAGAAUCUGUUUGUCAGCCUACUAGCAUUUCAGAGCUUGAGACAAAGUUAAAAAGCAGCAUAACAAAACCAGCAUCCUUAAUGUCAAAGAUUACAGAUAAUGUUAGAAAGACUGAAAUGCAAACAGCGGUUUUGGAACCAAGUUGCCAUAAAAAGAAUCGUGAGCAACUGGAAGUUGAAAGACCUUCUAAAAAGCCCUUCAGAACCAAAGUUUAUUCUUAUGAUAGAACAGAAGCAAGUGAUGAUGAUGCUGUAUCACAUAUCUUGAGGCUUCGAGGCAAACUUGGCUGGCAAACAGAUGUGCAGCCAUCUGAAUUGUUACCUGGAAAGGCUAAUGUGGCCAGAUUGCAGAAGUUCACACUUGAGACGCCUCUAGUGCUAGAAGAUAGUGGGGAAUAUAUAUAUUGUCUUCAACGAAACAGGAACAACUUUAAAGCUCCCUAUGACCCAUAUGAUUUACAGGUUGUCUCUGUGAAUACAGCUAUGCAUAGCAAAAUAUAUUGGACUGUUUCAGCUUCAUAUGUGACCAAGUUUUCCGCAGACCCUAAAUUAGGACAGAUGGAAAUAACAGCGGUGCCACGAUGGCUGUAUGAAAGAUGGAUGUAUUAUAAGUUACACAAUGUGAAAUUCAUUUCCAGUUUCAAAAUGAAGAAGUACUUUCUAAUCUGGAAAAUCAGUGUUAGAAGCAAGAUGGACAAGACCAAGUCGGUUUGAAUGUAGGUUUGUCAUGGGAAGAGAAUAAAGAAUACUUCUUCUCCUGCUACACACUUUACUGUUUGCAUUUGUUUUCCUUAAGUACUUUAUAAAAUCAAAGCUCAGGUUUCUCCAGAUUAAAAUUCCA